AUGGCCGCUACUCGUCGUUUAACUAAGGAAUUGGCGGAAUUGAAAAAAAAUGAAAUUAAUGGCUUUCGUGAUAUAAAAGUGAAUGAAACCAACAUAUUAAACUGGCAAGGGCUAAUCGUUCCGAAUAGUGCCCCGUAUAAUAAAGGAGCCUUUAAAAUAGAAAUUACCUAUCCAGCUGAAUAUCCUUUUAAACCUCCUAAGAUUACUUUCAAGACUAGAAUUUAUCACCCAAACAUUGAUGAAAAAGGUCAAGUGUGUUUACCUAUAGUUUCUCCGGAAAAUUGGAAGCCCGCUACAAAAACGGAUCAAAUUAUUUUCUCCUUAAUAGCCCUUAUUAAUGAUCCUGAACCUGAGCAUCCAUUGCGUACCGACAUUGCUGAAGAAUAUUCCAAGGAUCGUAAGAAAUUUAUGAGGUCCGCUGAAGAUUUUACGAGAAAAUAUGCUGAAAAAAGACCAACCGAUUAA